CCGCCGCUCACCCGGCGCUGUGUUCCAGGCCUGCGGCAGAUGAGGGCCUCCCUGCGGCGCGCCGACUGCCUCAUCGAGCGGCACUCACAUCCCGCUGUCGGGCUGUAACCCCAUGCUGCAAGAGGCGCUGGGCAUCCGCCCACAUGUCCUAGUGCUGAACAAGAUGGACCUGGCUGAUCCCCGCCGGCAGCCGACAGUCUUGGAGCACUUGAAACAGCAGGGAUACUCGCACGUCGUCUUCACUGACUGUCAGCGCGAUGGCAACAUCAGGAAGAUUAUUCCCCUGGUUGCCAAGCUGUUGGGUGACAGCCCACGCUACCACAGGGCUGAGAGCACUGCCCACAGCAUCCUGGUGAUCGGAGUGCCCAAUGUGGGCAAAUCCUCGCUCAUAAACUCACUGCGGAGGCUGCACCUCAAAAAGGGAAAAGCCACAGCGGUUGGUGGCGAGCCAGGCAUCACCAAGGCAGUGCUGACCAGAAUCCAGGUCUGUGAGAAGCCCCUGAUGUACCUGGUGGACACUCCUGGUGUGCUACCCCCCAAGCUGGGGGAUGUGGAGACGGGCAUGAAGCUGGCGCUGUGUGGAGCCAUCCGUGACCACCUGGUGGGAGAGGAUGUCAUGGCUGACUACCUCCUGUACACCCUGAACAAGCAGCAGCAGUUCGAGUACGUGCGGCACUACGGGCUGGCCAGGGCCUGCGACACCAUCGAGCCCGUGCUGAAGUGUGUGGCCCUCGCCCGCGGCAGGACACAGAAAGUGAAGGUGCUGACAGGCACGGGGAACGUCAAUGUGACAACACUCGACUACCCGGCUGCUGCCUACGAGUUCCUGCGGGAUUUCCGAGCGGGCCGCCUGGGCAGGGUAACGCUGGACUGAGACCCGUUCCCGGGCGCAGAGGCACACCCGCCUGUGGCCGUGCAGGCUGGGGACACCCUGUUGGGGUGUGAUCUGUCCCAUGGUGUCACCGUGCAGGGCGAUGCUCUCCAUGGUGGGGAGAUGGAGGGGAUGCUCUCUGGGACGACCAUCUCCAAAUAAAAAUCCCUGUGGGCAGGGUGCCGGGGCAGCGGCUGUCCCCAUGCCCCCAUCCCGAGCCCCACGUCCAAUCACA